CAUUUAAAUGUGCUUUUUAGAAACGUAUUUUCUCUCCUUCCAGUCAUUUUAAAAUCACAACAAAAUCACCGAUGGUGAGCUCCCUUUAACCGUCUUUACAAUUGGACCGGCAAAGAAAAGACUCAGUGGCGGAAAAAUGAAAGAAGACGCCGCACCAGCAGCAGCAGCAGCAGAGGACUCUUCCUUCACGUCAUGCAAAGACGUUCCCAAUCUCCUCUCCUCUUUCGUCGACACCUUCGUCGAUUUCUCCGUCAGCGGCGGCCUCUUCCUCUUGCCCCAAACCCCCAAUCAUCCCCUUCCCGUCUCCCCUCAAAAUCACCAAAAUGCCCUCACUGCCUGCCACAGUUCCAACGAUCCCCUGCCCUUGCGCCCACCACUCCAAACCUAUUACCCCCCGCAGGACCGGUUGGUCGCGAUCGGCGAUCUCCACGGCGACCUGGAGAAGACCAAGGAAUCGCUAAGGCUUGCUAAAUUGGUUGACCCGGAGUCUGGUAAAUGGGUCGGAGGGUCCACCACCGUGGUCCAGAUUGGCGACGUGCUGGACCGGGGCGGCGACGAGAUUAAAAUCCUCUAUUAUCUCGAGAAAUUGAAACGAGAAGCCGCCAGGUGUGGCGGCACGGUGAUUACGAUGCACGGCAACCACGAGAUCAUGAAUGUGGAAGGAGAUUUCAGGUAUGUGACCCGCAAGGGUUUGGAUGACUUCAGGGUUUGGGCUGACUGGUAUUGCAUUGGGAACCGAAUGAAAUCGCUCUGUAAAGGGUUGGAAAAGCCGAAGGAUCCCUUUGAUGGGGUGCCCUUAGGGUUUAAGAAUGUGAAGGAAGAGUUUGCUCAUGGGUUUAGGGCUAGAAUUGCAGCAUUGAGGCCAUCGGGUCCAAUUUCGUCGCGGUUCUUGUCCAACAAUGUGGCUGUGUUGGUUGUGGGGGACUCUGUUUUCGUCCACGGCGGGCUUUUGGGUCAACACGUUUCAUAUGGUCUGGAGAAGAUCAAUGAGGAGUUGAGGGAGUGGAUUCAUGGGUUGAAGGGAAGAAUCGCGCCUGAGUAUUGUCGUGGUGCUAAUUCUGUGGUUUGGCUGAGGAAGUUUUCACAUGAAUACGAGGAUAAGUGUGAUUGCUCAGCACUUGAACAUGUUUUAGCUACCAUUCCGGGCGCAAAGAGGAUGAUUAUGGGUCAUACAAUUCAAGAGUUUGGGAUUAAUGGUGUUUGCAACGAGAGAGCAAUUCGGAUUGAUGUAGGGAUGUCGAAGGGGUGUUCAAAUGGCUUGCCUGAAGUUUUGGAGAUCAAAGGGAAUUCCGGUUUGAGGAUACUGACUUCAAAUCCACUGUACGAGAACAAGAAAAAAUCUACUGUGCGUAAUGAGAUACCUGCAUUUUUGCCGCAAGGACCGAAACAAGUUGAAGUGAAGGCUUAACUGUUUGAGUAUUUAUCCUAAACCUGAUUAUUCCUAUUUAAAACAGAUAUGAAUUUGUAUUCUGUUGAACUAUUAUUCAGCUGUCUCUGGCAGUGUAGAUAAUUAAUUAUCAAUAGUUCAAGUUGGAAACUGAAUCAGUACUGAAACUUUGGUAUUUUUCAAUUUGUUACUAUAGCUGUUUUGUUUCUUC